UGCGCGGCCCCGCGGCGUGACGUCACCAGCGCAACCAACAUGGCGGACUUUGAUACCAUUUACGAGUUGGAAGACGACGACGACGAGCGCGUCGUGAUGGAAGAACACCUGUCCAGAUACUCCCCGGAGCCUGUGGUGCUGCGUGGGGCCGGUCACAUCACAGUGUUUGGGCUGAGCAACAGAUUUGACACCGAGUUCCCCUCGGUUCUCACGGGAAAGGUGGCGCCGGAGGAGUUCCGCACCAGCGUGGGCCGCGUCAACGCCUGCCUGAAGAAGAACCUGCCCGUGAACGUCAAGUGGCUGCUGUGCGGCUGCCUGUGCUGCUGCUGCACGGCCGGCUGCAGCCUGUGGCCCGUCAUCUGCCUCAAUAAGCGGACUAGACGCUCUAUCCACAAGUUGCUAGAGUGGGAGAAUAACAGAUUGUACCACAAGCUGGGCCUUCACUGGAAACUGAGCAAAAGAAAAUGUGAUAGCAGCAACAUGAUGGAAUAUGUGAUUCUUAUAGAAUUCUUACCUAAAUAUCCUAUAUUGAGACCCGACUGAGGACCGCAGCGUGGUCCUCUCCUCUCCUCUCCAGUGCCUUGUCGGAAUGAACAGCUGUGCACCGUGCAGCUGCACGGCCCCAAACACUGACACUUUUUGCUUUGGAGCGCAUUUUGCACAUUUUCUCCAGCCAACGAGAUGCCCGCCCCUCCUCGUUGCACUCCUCUUAUUUCGUUACACAUGAGAGGAAGAAGAACGGUCAGAAAGCGCAUUUUUACCCCAAAGAAGCAUCAAGCCGGACGUCUUUAUGUUUAUUUCUUUUUUUGGCAAGUGGAAGAGACGCUUGAAAUAGGAGCAAUCAGGGGUGUCCAAAGUGUGGCUUUAUUGGUAUAUGUAUAUAUAUAUACCAAAAAAAAAAAUAUAUAUAUAUAUAUAUAUAUAUAUAUAUAUAUAUAUAUAUCUAUACACAUGUGCGUGCGUGUGUGUAUAUAUAUGUGUGUAUGUAUAUAUAUGUGUGUGUAUAUAUGUGUGUGUGUGUGUGUGUGUAUAUAUAUAUAUGUGUGUGUAUAUGUUUUUACUUAAAACACAUUUCUAGAUGUUCUAACGUGGAUGAAUUAGCACUACAUAUAAAUGGAUGAACUACAGGGGUGUAAUGAUUGAUAGAUUGAUUUAUACUCCUAAAUUUGAAGUUCUUGGCAAGUUUUCCUUCCAGAAGAUAGAAUUAGACUUCCUUGUUGUCAUUCAAAAUAAGUAUUGUUUCAACCUUGUUCCAAAAGGGAAUCGAUCGAUUUGAUCAAUACUAGAAAAGGAAAACAUUAGAUUUAAGAAGGGUACACUUUAAAAAAAAAUCAGGACUUUAAACUAGGACUGGGCAAUAUGGCCUUUUUUUAAUAUCACAAUAUUUUAAGGCCGUAUCGCAAUAUACCUAUAUAUAUCUCGGUAUUGUGUCUUGGCCUUGAAUGAACACUUGAAGCAUAUAAUCACAGCAGUUUGAUGAUUCUAUGUGUCUACAUUAAAACAUUCUUCUUCAUACUGCAUUAAUACAUGCUCAUUUUAAACGUUCAUGCAGAGAAGGAAACCACAAAUAAGUAAAUUUACCAAACUGUGUUUAUUAAAGUUAUUAGCAGGUGAGUAUUCAAACAAUGCUACAUAUUAGCAGUAAUGCUACUUCUGGUAGCAACGCUUGUGUCCCACACUUGACAAAUUACAGUUGUCCAUCCGAUAUAUUCCCGCUUGAAGCCGAACCACCGCCAGACGAUGCACCCCGUCCUGGAUUUCCUGGGAAUUAAUUCUUCCUUCAAUUUGUUACCAUAUUCGCACCUUCUUUCUCUCGUAUUAUACCUCGCAACACUUCGCUAGCAUCACAGCUAAUGUUAGCCACGCUGCUACCUCUCUGCUGGGCGAGGGCAAAUACGUAUGUGACGUAUGACAUGACAGUAUGUGACGUGUGUAAGAAUGUGCGCUCGCUGUCUGUGAGAAGGAGACACAAGAAGGAGUGAGAAGAGCCUGUAGUGUAAUGCCAGCAGCUAAAAGCAACUGCGUGAGAACGUAUACUCCAAUAUUACGAUAUAGUCAUUUUCUAUAUCGUACAGAGACAAACCCCACGAUAUAUCGCGUAUAUCGAUUUAUCGCCCAUCCCUACGUUAAACCUUAAGGGUAGCUUGGCCGUCUGUGACGUCAUCCAAACAAAAAUGGCGGAAAACUAGGGUUUCUGAGAAUGGUCACAGGACGAUAUCAUGAAAUACAAGACAACGACGAUCCGCUACAGCACUGAAUGGUUUCAGAGCGAAUCGUUCAGAAAAAAUGAGAUGGUUCCUGAAUGGUAUCAGCUAGCACAAAUAUAAUAAUGAAAUGGUUGUUACAACUCAAUGGUUGCACCUCUGAGGAAUUAGCAUAGCAUACAGUAUGUUGACUUUAAGUGACAGUUUGCCCACAGGGCGCUAACUAUCCAAAGUGUUGUAAGCAGUACGUCUCACCCACUUCUGGCUUUCAACACGUAAAUAACACGUCACAUAACACCCACACACACACAGCUAAUUGGAAAAAUUUUCUAUCGUUGAAUGAAUAUUUUUUCAUAACAACAUGACUGCAAAUUGUUAGUUGCCUCUCUGGGACUGUUCUUGUGAAUAGCACAUGCUCCUGUAUAUACAUGAAUAUAUGUAUCUAUGUAUGUCUGUCUAUAUAUAUAUACAUAUAUAUGUAUAGUAUAU